GUACGUUCCCUUAUGCCUCGCCUGUCGCUACGCGCUCUGACACCUAGACAUUAUAUCAUAAUCGUUUCUGUUCUCUCCGGGCUACUUCUGGUCAUCAUCCUACCCACCGUCCUUACCCGUAACAACGACGAUUCUGUCUCUUCAGAAAAUAGCUCUCCUUCCGCUAGCGCAACCCAGACCAAUGGUCCUUCUAAUCUGACUCAAAACCUCAUCCCCCCAACAAGCGCUGUCAAUUGUAGUGAUAUUCAGUGUGAGAUCGGGGUCUUGACCCAACGGCGCCUUUCCACUAUAGUGGGCUCUACAGAAAAUGCCACUUUUCUCGGUACUUGGCUAUCAACACUCGGUGCGGAUGGUCGCUGGGCACCAUCCGAAAUUGAUUACACUACUGGAUGUAAAGCUCAGAUGGCCAACUGGCCAGCGUUGGUUCAUUGGCAACGUAUUGAAACACUCGCUGCCGGAUGGCACGGAAGUCUGGCCUCUGCACAGCAGUUCGCUGGGAAUACUGACUUGCGAAAAUCCAUUUCAUCUGCAAUGAACGCGUGGUUCUCCGACGACUUUCGUAAUUUGGCGUGCUUAGAUGCAGGCGGUAGUGCGGGUUGUCCGUGUGACACGCCUGGCUUUUGGAACAGGAAUUGGUUUAGUAAUGUCAUUGCACUACCCACACUUGUUGGGCAGGUUUGUUUGCUUCUCAACGACACAUUGCUUCAAUCCGAGUUGGAUAGUUGUGCGAGGAUAACUGGCCGCGCGUUCUCCACGUUCUCCACCGGCAUACCCGUUCUCGGACCCAUCACGGGAGCCAACACGCUCGAUAUUGCUAGCGUCGGCAUCGACAAAGGGCUUCUCACGAAAAAUGUUUCCCUCCUCUUCGACGCAUAUAAACGAGUUCAUGCUGAGAUCACUGUUGAGAAUCGCGUCAAAGCUGAUGGUAUCAGAAGUGAUGGGUCAUUCAGUCAACACGCUGGAAUAUUGUACAAUGGCAAUUACGGGAAGGAUUACGCAAGCGACGUGUUGAGCCUUGAGAUCUCGGCAGCGGGAACGCAAUUUCAAGUAAAUGACGAGGCUCAGGAUGCUUUCGAAACUCUUAUGGAUGGAGGACAAUGGAUGAUCUAUCGGAACAUCUUCAGCAACGUUCUCCAUUGGGACUUCAGCGCGUUAGGACGUUUCAUCACGUUCCCAGUGGCCGAUGAUCAAGCAACGGCCAAUAUACAAUUCAACGUCACUGAACUAGGAAUUCUAGCGGCGGAAUGGAGCUCAGAUACAUUGAUGGAUGUAUUCCUCGCCUUGAGUCAGAAUACAACCGAUGCCAAUGCUGGGGGUCUCACAGGGAAUCGCAUGUUCUAUGCGAAUGACUACAUGGUUCACCGAGGACCCGGCUAUAUGACUAGCGUGAAAAUGUUUUCUAGCCGAACACAAAACACUGAAUGUCUCAAUGGCCAGAACCUCGCUGGUUUCCACCUUAGCGAUGGAACGGUCUAUACACACCUGACGGGUGAUGAAUACGAAGACAUUCCCGCUGCUUGGGAUUGGAACCUCAUUCCUGGCAUCACAGUAGACUAUGGCGCAACCCCCCUUGAUUGCGGACACAGCGGGAAUACCGGUAGCUCAGCGUUCGUCGGCGGCGCUUCUGACGGUCGUGCUGGGGUAGCCGUGAUGCAGUACCAGAACCCUGUCACGCAGAGUUUGAGUUGGAAGAAAGCGUGGUUCUUCUUCGAGAAUGAUGUUCACCACGUCACUGUUGCGGACAUUUCAUCGAAGACGCAGUCACCAGUCUUCUCCGUGCUUGACCAACGGAAGCACAACGGAGACGUCCUCGUGAAUGGUCAAGCGCAAGGAACCGGUAACUAUUCCAAUAUCACUUCGCUGUGGCAUGCUGGUGUCGGAUACACAUUCAAUACUGCCACUGAUCCCAUUUCACUAUCCCUCAACCUCGGACCACGGACGGGACAGUGGUCAUCUAUUGGUAUAUCAAAUCAACCUCCGGCGACCGUUGAUCUCUUCGCAGCAUGGUUACACCACGAAGACCUUAGUAAAUCAAUAUCAUACACUGUCUUUCCUGCAGUCACACUUUCCUCUUUCCAAUCCAAAGCCUCCUCCACUACUGUACAGACAUUGCAAAACGACAAAUCCGUCACCGCCACACUUUCCGGUUCUGUUGCUAUGAUUGUCUUCUGGAACUCAGGAGGCGGGCAGAUUGAUGUACCCUCACUCGAGGGAGGUGCAAUCACGACGAGUUCGUCGAGUAGCGCCGUCGUCAUCAUACGAUUAGAUACUUGGGAUAUCACAGUUGCUCACCCAAGCCAGACUUUAACUACAGUGACGCUCAAUUUCUCAGUAAAAUCUGGGAGCACUCCAUCUCGUUGGGGAUCUUCCAAUAGCAAAGACAUGACCUUCAAUUUGCCGACUGGCGGCACCGCAGGGGACAGCGUGACCAGGAACCUGACAUGACCCUUCUCCUAGUCCAGUGAGCAAUAUCUCAACUUGUUAGUGAGACACCUCCUGAUUCACUAUCAGCUGAGCUACUACAUACAGCACACGAGACCGAGCACACCAUCUGCAUAAGCAUCGCAUCUCAGCGUUCCAGAGGCAUUUUGACCGAUACCCAAUUGCCAAGUUAUCCACGCAACGGCGACGUUCUGCAGCUGGCGUCCAGAGGACCGUCUACUCGUCCAAGGUUGUGCCGCGCGUUGGUCAGGUGGUGAUUGCAGACAUUGUAGACCUCAUUGGACUGAAAUGCAUUGACGCUACAGACUCCUAAUGCACAUUGCAGCUUCUGAUAUGUAUGGACUGUUAUACGAAUAGAGCAUGGACUUUGACCGAGGAUACGAAAUUCAUGGAUAUGGGCUCUCUUGCUUGUACAUCUGGCACGGACUUUGCUGGCUUCUGGUGCGUCGUCACGGUAGUAUAUAUGUGGUCUAUGAGUGCUCGAUACGGGCCGACAUGUCAGUCAGACUUUGACAGCCCAUAUGGACGGUACCCUGAAGUCGAUUUGAAACGCCCGCACAAAGUACGAUAUUUCCUAUUUUCGUUGACAAACCUCAUUC